AUGGGCGCCGGCAGCUCGAGCGAGCAGCGCAGCCCCGAGGCGCCCGAGGCGGGGAGUGCGCCUCUGGCCCAGCCCGAGCCCGAGCCCCACGCCAGCGGCCCUGGGGAGGAGGCGGCGCCCGGCGCGCUGGAGGACCCUGACGCGAAGGUAGGGGCGGCGUCCCCAGCCGCCAAGCAACUCCAGAAGAAUGGGCAGCUAUCCACCGUCAGCGGCUCACCCGGGCAAGGCGAGCAGAGCGGCCAGGAGGGAGACCUGAGCGGCCAGGAGGAAGCAAUGAGAGGUGUAUAUGCCAUGGACUGCCAAGAGAACAAACAGGUCUGUCCUGGAGAAGUUGGCCAAAGAGAGUCUGAAGAUGUUACUGAAAAAGCUUCCAGUAAAGAGACGGCUGCUGACUCCGCAGCUGUUCAAGACCUCACAAAGGACGGGCAGGAAGAAAUGCCGGAAAGAAGUGAGCAGAUUCCUUCUUCGGAAGACAGUCUAGAUGAGUUAACACAAUCCAAUGAGCCUCAGUCUAACGAUGUUGGAUUUAAGAAGGUGUUUAAGUUUGUAGGCUUUAAAUUCACUGUGAAAAAGGACAAGGCUGAGAGGUCGGAUGCUGUCCAGCUGCUCACGGUCAAAAAAGAUGAAACAGAAGGGGCAGAGGGCUCCCAGGGGGCUGGCGACCACCAGGAGGUCAGUGUGGAGGCCGGAGAAGCCACCUCCAAGGAGAGUGAACUUCAGCAGUCCACUGAGAAGGCCACUGACCAGGCGCCAAGCGAGCAAGGCCACUGCGAGGCCACUCUGCCCACCAAGCCCAAUGGGGCAGCAGUAGAGGACGAAAAACAAGAAGGAGACGAAAAACGAGAAGGAGACGAAAAGCGAGAGCCAGGAAAGUCGCCAGAAUCGCCAUCCAGCCCCACGGCCAACGAGACGGCAUCACCCUUCAAAAAGUUCUUCACUCAAGGCUGGGCGGGCUGGAGGAAAAAGACCAGCUUCAAAAAGUCAAAGGAUGAGGACCUGGGGAUUACUGAGAAGAAAAAGGAACAAGAGCCUGAGAAAGUGGACACGGAGGAGAAGGGGAAAGCUGAGGCCUCUGCCACAGAGCCAGCCAGUGCCUCGGACCAGGGGAAGACGGAGACCGAGAGCAAUGCCAGGUUAUCGGCUGAGUACGAAAAAAUAGAGCUGCCCUGUGACCACGACCUCCAGGGACCCCCUGAAGAGAAACAGGCCCCCCUGGCCACAGAAGUAUUCGAUGAAAAAGUAGAGAUUGUUGCCCAAGUGCAUGUCAGCACGGAGGAGAAGACAGAGGAGCAGAAGGCGGAGGCCGAGACCUCGCCUCCCGAGAAAGCGGAGGAAACGACCGCGGAGCUGCAGGAGGCCGAGCCGGCCGAGGGGCUGGUGACCACAGAGGGGGCCCCAGCAACCCAGCCAUCGGAAGCCAGUCCUGAGGACAAGCCCAGGCCCCCCGAUGGGCUGGUGAGCGAGGCGGAAAUGCUGGCGGCCCAGGAGCGCACCAAGGCGCAGGGGAGCCCCUUAAAGAAGCUUUUCACCAGCACGGGCUUGAAAAAGCUGUCGGGGAAGAAACAGAAAGGGAAGCGAGGAGGAGGAGGCAGCUGCGCGGACGAGGAGUCCCCAGACAGCGCCGAGGACAAGGGUGACAGCUCGGCGUCAUCCCCCGACGAGCCUGACGUCAUCACGUGCGAGGCGGCCACGUGUGACGCAAUCACGUGCCCCGACCAGGCGCCCGCGGAGGCGCCGCAAGAUGGCGACACCGUCACCGCUGUCUCCGCCGCCGAGGAAGGGGCGGCCUCAGACGGCGAGAGGAAGAGGGAAGGGGUCACCCCCUGGGCGUCCUUCAAGAAGAUGGUGACCCCCAAGAAGCGGGCGCGGAGGCCUUCAGAGAGCGACCGAGAGGACGAGCCUGAGAAGACCAAGAGCUCCACGCUGUCCUCGGCCGAGAGCGCCGCCUCCGAGAUGCAGGAGGACGCGAAGGGCGGCGCCACCGAGCCCAAACCGGAAGAGCCCAAACCGGAAGAGCCGAGGCGCAAGGUGGACACGUCCGUGUCCUGGGAAGCCUUGAUCUGCGUGGGCUCCUCCAAGAAGAGGGCGAGAAAAGGGUCAUCUUCCGACGAGGAAGGGGGUCCCCGGGCCGCUGGCAGCGGGGCCAGCCAAAAGCCAGACGAAGCUGCCAAAGACAAGGAGACUGGAGUUGAUGCCACCCCCGCCCAAGAUCACGAUCAAGGUCAAGGUGGCUCCUCCCCGGAACCAGCAGGAAGCCCUUCGGAAGGCGAGGGCGUGUCCACCUGGGAGUCCUUUAAAAGAUUAGUCACCUCCAGGAAAAAACCCAAGGCCAAACUGGAAGAGAAGAAUGAAGAGUCAGCUGCAGGGCCUGCCGUAGACCAGUCGGCUUCAGAUGUUGAACCUGGGAGAGAAGAGUCCUGGGUUUCUAUUAAAAAAUUCAUUCCCGGCAGAAGAAAGAAACGAUCAGAUGGCAAACAAGAACAAACCACGGCUGAGGACACAGGCCCAUCAGAAAUCAACGAAGAGGAUUCCGAGGUCCCAGCUGUAGUGCCCUUGGCAGAGUAUGAUGCUGUUGAACGGGAGAAGAUGGAAGCCCAGCAGGCCCAGAAGAGUGCCAAGAAACCUGAGGCAGAGGUGGCCGUGCAUGUGUCAGAGGAGCUCAGUAAGAGUCUGGUUCAGACAGUGACUGUAACUGUGGUUGAUGGGGCAAGAGCAGUCACCAGUGCUGAAGAGAGAUCUCCUUCCUGGAUAUCUGCAUCCGUGACAAAUCCCCUUGAACCAGCGGAAGACAAAGCCAAGGCAUCAGUAGAGGCGGUACCUGAAAGAGAGCUUGCCACUGUUGCCAAAACGUUGCCAGAGGGCAAAGAUGCCAGUGAUGAUACCAUUGCUAAAGAGGUGGAAUUCACUUCUGAAGCUGUGACAGUUGCAGAAACCACCGAGGUGUUUUGUGUUGAAGAAGGGACUGAAGCGUCCGGUGCUGAAGAGACCACAGAAAUGGUUUCAGCUGUUUCCCAGCUCACGGACUCACCAGACACUACAGAAGAAGCCACACCAGUACAAGAGGCAGAAGGAGAAAUGCCAGAUCUAGAAGGCCUAGGGAGGCGGACUCAGGAGGUCCUGGAGGCGGUGGUAGAGAAAGUGAAGGGAGAAUCACAGCUGCCUGACUCCAGUGGCCCAGAAGACACAGCUCAGGCUCAGGCCCAGGCCCAGAAUGUAGACUCAGAAGUUUCAGUGAAAGCAGAAGAAGCAAAAGAUUCUAAAGGGCUGGAAAGUUUGGAAAAAGUCUCAGAGAGUGUAGAGUCCAGUGGUCUUGUAAGUACUUCUCCAGUGGAAGCCCUAGUUGAGGGCAAAUCACAGGAGAUUAUGGUGGAGCAGGCUGUUACGCCUGACUCAGGUGAAACCCUUACAGACACUGAGACCAAUGGAAGCACUCCAGUAACAGAGAUUGAAGCUCCAGAUACCACACAGCAAGACAAGAUCAGGGAAGUCCAGGAAGAGGGUGAGAUUUCACGUUGUAGACAACCAGAACUCCCAGAUGCAGAAGCAGUUCCUACACAGGAAGAGAUGCCACCCUUAUCUUCCAGUGCUCAGUCACAGCAAGAAAGUGAAGAGCUAUCAAAGGUGGAAGAUGCUGUAGGACAUACAGAUAAAGAGGUGCCAGUGGAAACUCUACCCAUUCUGUCAAAGACUGACAUGCUUCACCAGGCUGACCAGUUUGCUGAUGAGAAAACCAAAGACCUACCCUCUGCCAAGGGACUUGAAGUAUCUGCAGACACAGACAUAACAGUCAGUCCAAAGAGCAUAACUGAAGCUCUUCAUGAAGUUACUGAAAAAACUGAAUUUCAAGAGACUGUGUCUUAUUCUGAUAGUAUUGAACUCCAGAGUUGCACUGAGUCUCUCCCAACGCCAGCAGAAAGAGAAAUGGUAGGUCAGUUAGAAAGGGAGAAGACAGUUACGCAGCUAACCCAAGUUGAUGAUGAGAAACUUGAGCAAGAGCCAGCAAAAGCCAUACCAGAAGACCUCAGUAAGCCACCAGUCCAGACAGUUCAUGCAACUGUUGUAGAUGAAGUAACCUGUUUAGAAGAAAGCUCUCCUGCUUGCCUAGUACAAGAAGAGGCAGUAUCCACCGAAAUUCAAGUUCAAAACUCGGAUGCAUCGAUUCUAACAGUUGCAGCUGUAGAGGAAAAGGUUGUAGGAGAGACUGUCAAGGCUUUAGAAACAGUAGCUGAAACACUGGAGUCUGCAGAUGCACAGUUGGUACCUGAAGGACAAUUCUCUGACAAAGAUCCUGACUCCAGUGCACAGCCCGGGGAAGAUGCAGUGAGCAGAGGGAUCACAGCUCAGGCAGCAGCACCACCAGUAAUAGCAUCUGCUCCUGCUGCUGAGAAAGGAGCAAGUCCUUACCCAGAAGGAGACGAAACUGCGUCACAGAAAGGGAAGCCAGAUGAAGACCAACCACAGAUUGCUAGUCAAAAAAUCGAAGAGACUGUAACACAAGAUGAUGAUGCAAAGACAAAAAAUAGGCUUUUAGAAAUUGAAAGUGAGAGCAGUAAACUGGUACACAACAUCGUGCAGACAGCUGUUGACCAGCUCGUGGGUACCGAAGCCACGGUGCCUGAGGUGAUGCUGGAUUCCUCAGAGACACAGGCUCAGGUGAUGGUAGCUGAUGACCAGGAAGCUGGGCAGAAAACCGAGAAAGAAGAAAGUGCACAGGACAAAACACCAACCACCCCAGCCAAAGAAGAAUCUACAAAGAAAACAGUAGCCACUGUGGAAGUGACACCUCCUGCCAUCUCCCAGGAUAGGAGGGAGGUGACAGAAGAGAUGAUAAUUGUUGAUGGGAAACAUUACAAUGCAAAUGACCAGCAGCCUCCUGAAGCAGUUGCUGUCCCAUCAAAGGAGAUGAAAGAUGCCAUCAAAACAAAGUCAUUGAGAGAAGACGAUGAUGGUACUGCUUUGGGAGAAAGAAUUGAGAAGUCACCCUAUGAAUCCAAAGGUGACGAGAAAGGAGAUGCUGUUGAUUACAGAGAGAACCAGCAAGCAGCCCGAGAAGAUACAGAUGCCUCUGGAGACUUAACCAAAGAGUCCCCAGAUACAAAUGGACCAAAGCAGAAAAAGAAAGAAGACAUCCAAGGAGUGGAGUUCCAAGAAGGAAAAGUGCACAGCGAGCCAGAAAACGAGAUCAAGACACAGCCAGAGGAGGAGAUGCAUAAACAGGAGAGGGAGCCUGCAAAACCAGAGCUGACAGAAUCCUGA